AUGUCGACCAAACUACCGCGGGCGACGUUGGCGCAGAAAUUACACGUGCUCGACUACUUUCAUCAAUCCGAUAGUCCCCAGUUGAAAACCGUCGACAAGUUUAAAGAGCAACUCUCAAUUUCAACGUCGUCGUUAAGUGAAUGGUUGAAAAACGAGCCAGAGUUGCGUAGGCGGUACAGCGAAGCCAAGUUCAAAUCGUCCAAGAACGCCAAGCGCAAUGCAACGUUCAAAUACGAGGACAUCAACAAGGCCAUGGACAAGUUUGUCCAGGAACGACUAGCAAGGAACGGUCCAAUUAGUGAGCCCGUGCUUCGCGAACAAUGGGCGCGGUAUGCGCAACAGUACGGAGUAGACGACCCCAAGCGGUUGCACAGCUUUAGUCACGGCUGGUUAAGUCAGUUUCGAAAGAGACACGGGAUAAAGACAAACAAAGUCAACAAGGAAAGGGGGAGGGUCUCCAAGUAUACACAGGGGCAAGGAACUAGCGUAAGCCAAAAGUCACAAGAGCCGGGAUCCGGCCACGACGGAUUAUCACCCCCCGCUUCAAUAUCGAUACAUCAGGGGGCCGACUGUCCGAUUGAUGUUUCUUAUACGAGUACCCAGUCUAUGACUCCCAGUGAGUUCAACCAUGCGGCAAUGUUUCGAGUCGAAACUGAAACUACUGAGACUGCAGAAACUCGACAGGCAAGACCGCCCAGUGUGGAUGCAGAUCAGGAUAUGGAUGCAGAUUUCAUGUGCAAUCAUGAGGAAACGCACCAUCAUCAGAGAUCAAAUCACAAGUCAAACUUGCACGGGUCGGGAGCCCACUCGCAACUUGCAAACGCAUCUCACCCAGCACAUCCUGCUCAACUUGAUCUAUCUAGAAACGGGUUCGGUGUGGAGCUCCAAUUCGAAAAGACUGAGAGGUCAGGGAGGGGCCAUCAGCAGGGACAAGAUCUCCACACGUCAACUCUCCGCUCCUCGCAGGCCAUGGCACAUAACAAUGUCUCAGUACCGCAACGCGUUUCCUCUCACCAGAUGAAUCAGUUGACACCUAAAUCAGCAAACGUGAGCAACCGCGUGCCGAGAAGCAACGGCCCGCCAACAAUCGUAGAUGUCGAAAGGUUCAUAUUUGUUACGGGCGACAAGUUCUUCCACAACCAUCAGCAAAGCUAUCCCAACACGUUUAAAUUGUUUCAAAAAUUCAAGGAGUCGUACUUUGAUGAAAAGUACCUUGCUGAAAGUGCAAGUGUGGACCAAAUUCAGAGCAGCCACAGCGAUCCAACUUUAUCUGAGUAG